CCACCACAUUUGCGCCACAUUGGUCGACCGGAUAUAAAGCAAGUAGGAAGAAGUCGUCUUUCUUGUCAUCCUAGUUUUCUCCACCCACCAGUUCUACUGACAACUCUCAGUCAAAGUAACAACAACAUCUAACGUCAUGUCCCCUACCGGCGAGACUGGCACAUCGUCUACUCCGCCACGCGCCAAUCUGCCAGCUCAUGGUGCUACCACAAUAGAAUCCACCCCAAACAGCCGUGGAGCUUCCGUCAUCAGUGAGAACAUCGGCGUACUCGGUGCCAGGAAAGUCCGCCCAUGGAUUCAGCGGGACAUCGAGCAGGUUAAGGAGUGCAAGGUAGAUGCCAUGCUGCAAGCCCUCCUGCAGCGCGCUUCUUCCGCGCCCGAGACUAAACAACCCGAGCUCCUACAAAAGUGCCUCAAUGCAGUUCUGCCGGUUUGCAAUGGACAAGCUUCCACCGUGCUCGUAAAAUCUUCAGACGUUGAGACAGCUCUCAAUGACUACGUACGUCCGGGAGCGGAAAACAAGUUUUACGGCCCUUUCAUAAGAGCCACUAACAUCGCGCUCUCUUGUCUUGAAGAGAUCAAGGUUGACGGGAUGCGUGCUACUGUCCCCGCUGUGGACAUGAUCUGUCAGCAGAACGAUAUGCCCAUGUACCAAACCCACCAGACCGCGAAAUCAACUCGGAAGCCCGAUGUCGUCAUCCUUCCUUUGAACAGCGCAUGCGCUCCCUUCCAGGAUGAGAAGUGUGGCAAAAAGGGCGGCAAGAAGGACAAACAGAAAGGCAAACAGAACGACGAACAGAACGACAACGCGAUGGAUGACGACAAUGACGACGAGAAGCGCAAAAAGAAGCGCAAGGCUCACAUGGACGCGAAUGCAAUGGCAAAGCCGCAAAAUCUCCCCUGGAAAGAUGUUCUGGCUUGCAUCGAGUUCAAGAGGAAGACGCCAGGGAGGACGAAAGGGAUUAACCCACCGCCCCCUUCGUACACAGUGACAGACUAUAUCCCUACCAAGCCAGAAUUUUUGCCGGUGGACCAUCUUAAGGCUGGAGUCCCUGCGCCAGGCCCUUCGCAGACGCCAGCAACACCACCUGCGCCUGACACUGCAUUUCUAUCUUCUGGUCUUACUGCUGCCAAACCUUCCCAGGGUGGGUCCAGCUCCAAGCGCAAAGCCGCGGACCCUUUGGAAUCCGCCGCGAAAAAAUCCAAGAUGAACCCCGAUGAUACAGAAGAAGACACGGACGAAGAUCUAGAUGUGACCGUCCAGACGGGUCUGUACGCCGCCGAAAUGUUUGCGUCCAAUCUUGGAGUCAAUUAUUUGCUGAAUAUUAUCGUCAUCGACGAUGUAAUGUGGAUCUGGUAUUAUGAUCGGCAAGGGAUCAUUCAAUGCUCAGGCAUCAACUUCAUUCAAGAUCUCCCGCGGUUCAUGGUGCUGUUGUAUGCACUCCAACGAUUCAAGCUUGAAGAUUGGGGGCGAAACAAGGACUUCCUCCCAGUUCAAGUUGAGGGGAAACAGUGCCACGAGUUCAAAAUCAAGGAUGAAAAACUUGGAGAGGUGGAUCUGCUGCUUCACACUAGCCACGACGAAAGAGUGACGCACUACGGACUACAAGGACGCGCCACCAACGUGGUCCCUGUCACUAGCGAAGCGCUCACGAAGACAUACGGCAACUCCGAGGAUGGGAUGGUGGCCAAGAUAUUUUGGGGAGAGGCACAUCGCACUAGCGAACCGGAGAUCCUGAAAAGGGUUGAGGAGAUCGCUAAGGUGCACAAGACCGUACAAGACCAUAUUCCUAAGUUGCUUUGGCACCACACGUUCACGAAUCCCACGUCCGCAAUCCGAGAAGCGCUUGGUGUUCCAGAACCCACCAAGGGCAGUCGCGUACUCUACAUCCUCGUAUUCCCCAAGCUCCAACCCAUCACGAAGGUUCCCGACAAAGAACUUUUCAACGUUUGGUAUCAAUGUAUCCUAUGCCAUCUUACUCUGUGGAAGGAAGGGGUCUAUCAUCGAGAUGUCAGCCCUGGAAACUUGAUGUGGUACUGGAAAAACGGGAAGCGCAUAGGCGUUUUAAACGACUACGAUCUAUCCUCGUUGGCGGAUGACCCAGGUCCUCGGGGCAACGAACGCACGGGCACGGUGCCUUUCAUGGCGCUUGAUCUUCUCACCGAAGAGGGUCAACGAGGCGAAGUCAAACACCUAUAUCGCCAUGAUCUGGAGUCGUUUAUGUGGUGCUUCGCCUGGAUAUCAUUGCGUUACGAGAACGGAGUCCUUCUACCACGGCGAUUGCGCCCCUUCGAUGAGUGGGCGACUUUAGACGCUGUGGCGUGCGGCGAAAGGAAGUACUUUUUCCAGGGUCAUAUGAAAGUUCCCGUACGCUCACACAUAGACUCAUCCCUAUGGGCGUUCCUUGUGGGCUGUUUUCUGGUGCUUAAAAAGGAUGCCGAUAACCGAUACUAUCUUCGCUUGGAAGAACCGUCCGACUCAGGAGAGGGCCACCAGCCCAAUGCCGAGGAAUCAGAUCCUGAUGCUUUUCUAUCUAAAUUUACACGUUCCAAGAGUUGGCUUGCGCUCAGCAAACCUUCAAAGUGAUUUUCUUUACUUAUUUUCUUUACUUGUUGCCCUGCAUACGGUUUCCUGUGUAUCGAUCAUUGUAACUUUCAGUUGUAUACUCACAAUACAAGCAGUCGACCGUGCACUUCC